AUACUAAAAAUUCAACCAAUUUACCAAUCCAACAUCCCCCUUUUCCGGCCCAGUCUCUCCCUAUAAUAUUAAAAUAACAAACGCAACUAUUAAGAACAUGUGCAUGAUUUCCUGUGUGUUGUCACCAUUCCUCACAAUGCACUCCAUAAAUACUCACAUCUUCACCAGUUGUUAAUCCCUCAAAUCACCAAUUUUUCCCAUCCCUUCGAGUCAUCUGUUUCUCUCUCUCACGCACAGACAUAGAAAGAGAUCAGUAUUAAUUACAACUAGUAUGGGGAUGCUUCAUCUGCUGUGCUUCAGCAUGACUGCCAUACUAUCAAUUUUUUCCACCGUAAAUGGCAGGGUUCCAGGAACAUACCAAGGUGGGCCGUGGACGAGUGCUCAUGCUACUUUCUAUGGUGGCGAAGACGCCUCUGGCACUAUGGGGGGCGCAUGUGGGUAUGGCAACUUAUACAGCGCUGGAUAUGGUACUAGCACAGCAGCAUUAAGCACAGCAUUGUUCAACAAGGGUUUAACAUGUGGUGCUUGCUUUGAACUCAAGUGUGUUAAUGACCCUCAGUGGUGCAAUCCUGGCAACCCUUCGAUUCUUAUUACAGCAACGAACUUUUGCCCACCUAACUAUGCUCAGUCUAACGAUGAUGGUGGUUGGUGCAACCCUCCUCGCGAACAUUUUGACCUCGCUAUGCCCAUCUUCCUCAAACUCGCCCAAUUUCGAGCAGGAAUUAUUCCUGUCUCCUACCGCCGGGUUCCAUGCAAGAAGGCCGGUGGAAUCAGAUUCACAAUGAAUGGUUCCCAAUACUUUAAUUUGGUAUUAAUAACUAAUGUUGCUGGGGCUGGAGAUGCGAUACGUGUUAGGGUGAAAGGUUCAAACACAAACUGGAUGGGUAUGAGUAGAAAUUGGGGACAAAACUGGCAGUCCAACGUUGUUUUGGUUGGUCAAGCCCUCUCCUUCCGAGUGACCACCAGUGACCACCGUACCUCCACGACAUUGAACGUGGCACCCGCUAACUGGCAGUUUGGUCAAACUUAUGUUGGCAAGAAUUUUAAAGUGCGCCGAUAUUAAUCUCAUGAUUCUUCAUUGUCAUUUAAAUGAAUGCAAUUCUUAGUGUAUUUGCCACUACCUCUGAUAUUUUCUCUCGUAUUUUCAUGAGAAAAUUACAAUGGUAAAAUAGGUUACUUAUACUAGCACGUUAAUUUUGGUGAGGGGUUUUAUUAUAUGUCAAAAUUGUAACUUGAUAUGCAUGUGUUACAGUGGCUGAAGCGGUUGCAAGUGACACAAUCAAAAUGUAACCCGCAGUUUACUUUUUUCUAUACUACAUAUAUAUAAUAAAUUA